UACCGCACUCUCCCCUAUGUGAUGAUGCCAAACUGCUUACAAGAGCACAGUAAAAGCCCAGUUAGCGGUACCUGAACAUGUGAGAAGAGUGUAGAGGCCAUAGUAUGUAGGCCAAACCACUUACUCAGUCCACUUGGAAAAACGUGCAUUUGUAAAAAAUAAAAUAAUAUGUAUUUAAAGUGCAGCCUCCCUCUCUUAGCUAAUAGCUAGCUAUAACAGCUAAGUGUUCUAGCUAGCCAAAAACUGGGAAAUCGCGGGAAGUGGCGCGUGCCUAUCGGAUUUGACUGGCGGAAAGGAGGCCCCUACUUUAUUAGAGGAAACUUGGAAGAGGCUGACGAGCUCUCUACAACAGGUAUUUAGCUAGCUACUUGGAACAGCAACCACAGACUGAGUGAAGACACUGGAAUAAGAUGAAAAGAUAUGAAAACCAGCAGGCCAGACCUACUGCAGGCUGCCUCUCUGUGCCUCUGUUUAACCAGAAGAAAAGGAGCAGGCUGCCUUUGACAUCCAAUCCCUCAGAGAAGAAAUUCUGCUCUGGCAAUGAAUACAUGCCUACACACAGCUCUGCUUCAUCCAUCAUCAACACAUCAGGUAACACAGGCUAUUACCAAGAUCAAGCCCCAAGGUGUCCUGCACCUGCUGCUCAGGACAAUCAGUGGAGCAGACAAGGCAACCAGCAGCAGUCUCAACCACAGUCUCAGUGUCCUAACAGUCAACCUGUGCCGGUACCUGUGGGGAGAAGCUUUGCACCUCCACACCCAUACAAUGCUGGGAAUGCAGGUCUGCAGAUGGGACAGCCACCAGUGAGGCAGGACUCAAGAGCCCCUACAAACCCCAGACAGAGCAACUACAAUGCCCCUUGCAGCAGUGGGAACACACAGAGCAAGCCGGUACCCCCAAGCAGCUACUCUCAGAUGGGUCAGCAGCAGUUAGGUUACAGACACAGACAGAGACAGGACAACCCACCAGAGCCUCCUCUUUACUCCCAGCAGUCUAAACCCACUCCCCCUCCAAGCAGACCAAGUCAUGGUCCUGGACCACAGAAGCAGAACACAUCCUGGAAGUUUAUAACCACCACCAACACUGGGCCACAGAAACAACUGAUGGAAGACAGUAGAGACACAUAUCAAACUCAAAAUACCUCUCAGUCUCAGGUACAACAUGUCAAAGCAGCAACUGAGAACUCUCUGAGGAUCUUGACUGCUGUCAUUGAUGGCAUUAGACACUGGAGCCAUUUCAAGGACAGAGCCCCGUACCUAUUUGAGAUUUUCGCCACUCUUGACUCUGCAGUCACCGCCGGGUCUCAUGGAGCUAAGAUCUUCCUCAUGAGAGAUGGGAAAGAGGUGGUGCAGUGUGUCUUCUAUGAAAAUGAGCUGGAGCUGCCCAGGCUGAUCCGAGGCCAGGUGCACCGCUGUGUGGGGAACUACGACUGCACCAGAGACACCCUCGCCUGUGUGUCUGUCAGGGCCGCUCUGCCCUCAGAGCAGAGGAACGCACAGGAGUCUAUCAAAGCCUCGGACGCUGAGAUGAGGGACCUGGUGAAAUCACUCAGUGAAGUCUGAUCAGCAGCACAGAAACACAUAAGGGAGCUUCCAGCAACAGUUCAAAGGCAAAACAAUUGUCUUUGCCAAUGGGUUAUUGAGUAUCACUAUAUGGCAAGUGCUCUCCUCUAUUAGAAACUGAAUGAUCCUACUGUAUAUAGUCCUACUGUAUAUAGAUCCUUGACAUGUCUGAAGAUUCUCCAGGGAUGAGUAGUACGUGAUACCCCUAUUUAUUUUUGAAAGAAUAUUCUGAACUGGGCAGUUCGUGUAUACAGUUUUACCUGCUUCCCUGUAAAGGGCGCCAUCUGUUUGUGACAAGCAACAUAUUAAGAUUGUGUUUAUGAAUUUCCCAAUGUUAAAUAUGUACGUGCAUCUGUAUAUCAUCAGAUUACAGGUAAGAUAUUUAAUAUUUUUCUUGUGUAUACAAUACUUAUUACAUUUUUUUUUAAUGUGUUAUGUGCAAUUCUGUUUUUGGACACAAAAUAAAAAAAACCUUCUCUUCCU